AUGGAUUCUCUGGAUCUAUCUAUUACAUACCUAGUAAAUAACCAUUGGCUUGCUGCUAAGAAACCCAGAUUUAAAGGCACCAGGUAUUUUAAAGACUGUUCCUGCUCAAGAAACUUUUCACCAAUGCUUGCAUCAGAAUUUGCGCCGUGGAGCUUGACACUACUGUAUUUAUUAUUGGCUACUCUGCACGAGAAAGACACUGUCACCUUGUAUGCAAAGGAAACUCUUGUGUAUAUGUGCCGUGCAAAUGUUUAUCACAUUCUGGGCUUCAAUUCUCAGAAAGCUAUCUCACAACAAGCACCUGUCCUAGCAUUGACCUGCUUCAGCCUUAUUCUCGCCGAAUUCCCCGUACGGGAUAGCGAUCUCCUUAUGGGAGCUCACCAGAGGCCGCUGGAAGCUGACGCCGCGCAGAACCUGGAAGAUAAGACUUUGGAGUCCAAUCGCAGCGAUGCGCCGAUCUAUCCCCUCAAGGAGCGCAAGUUCGCGUUCUCGUCAAAGCAGCUCAGCGAGCUCAUAGCAAGCAGGGAUGUCACCGCCUUCUACGCCCUCGGGGGUCUAGCUGGUCUAGAAAAGGGAUUGCGAACCGAUCUACAAAGCGGGUUGAGCGUGGAUGAGACGGUCCUCGAUGGCUUCGAUGCCGUCAGCGCGGCAGCCGAGGACGCCGGCUCAACGCGCGUCUUUACGGCAGCGAGACCAUCACCAUCUGGAGCACGCCGACAUGAGCCCUUUGCCGACAGAAAGGAUGCCUUUGGGAGCAAUAAGUUGCCGAGCAAAAAGGAUCCGAAUUUCCUCCAGCUCAUGUGGAUGGCCUACAAUGACUAUGUCCUCUUCCUGUUGACCGCUGCGGCCAUAAUAUCAUUGGGGGUGGGAUUGUACCAGACCUUUGCGACGCCGCAUGGCCCUGGUAACCCACCUGUCGAGUGGGUUGAAGGCGUGGCGAUUCUCGUCGCCAUUGUGAUCAUCGUGAUUGUCGGCGCUGGGAACGAUUAUCAGAAGCAGCUUCAGUUUCGCAAGCUCAACAAGAAAAAAGAGGACCGCCACGUCAGAGUGAUCCGCUCAGCGAGGUCACAAGAGAUCUCCAUCCACGACCUUCGUGUAGGCGAUGUGGUGCAUCUCGAGCCGGGAGAUAUAGUCCCGGCUGAUGGGGUCUUGAUCCAGGGCCAUCAUAUCAGAUGUGAUGAGUCUUCUGCUACCGGCGAGUCGGACCUUCUUCUCAAGCACUCAGGGGACGAAGUAUUCCGUGCUAUCAGAGACAACAAAGACGCUCAGAACAUGGACCCAUUUAUCAUCUCCGGAUCGAAGGUCGCGGAAGGCAUUGGGACCUUCCUUGUCGUCGCAACUGGUACCAACUCUAGCUACGGCAAGAUCCUCCUAUCCCUUGAGGAAGAUUCCGGCUUCACGCCAUUGCAGGUCAAGCUUAGCAGGCUCGCAAAGCACAUUGCCCGCUUGGGCGGGGCAACUGCUGUGAUACUAUUUAUUAUCUUGUUUAUUAAAUUCCUAGCGGGCCUGCAUCAUAGCACCCAAACUCCUUACCAAAAAGGUCAGCAAUUUAUCAACAUUUUUAUUAUUGCCCUCACAGUGGUGGUGAUUGCUGUCCCGGAAGGUCUUCCUCUUGCUGUAACUCUUGCUCUUGCCUUUGCAACCACCAAGAUGCUCAAAGACAAUAACCUGGUCCGUCAGUUGCAAGCUUGUGAGACCAUGGGCAAUGCGACAAAUAUCUGCUCGGAUAAAACCGGCACCCUCACGCAGAACAUGAUGACCGUGGUGGCUGGCACACUCGGAAGAAUCUCUCAAUUUCGCGAGGAAUCCGCCGUUUCCCAUGCUGCUCCUGAGAAGGCUGAAGGGGUCUCGACGGCAGGGUGCGUUCAAUCUCUCUCCGCUGAUGUCAAGUCCAUCAUCAAAGAGUCCAUUUUGAUAAACUCCACGGCGUUCGAAGCAGAGGAAGGAGGCACGCGGUCGUUUACUGGUUCCAAGACCGAGACCGCCCUCCUGACGUUUGCUCGGAACUAUCUGGGAAUAGGAUCGCUCAAUGUCGAACGCUCAAAUAGGAAGGUCGUCAGGUUAUUUCCAUUUGACGCCUCCCGCAAGUGCAUGGUCACAGUGGUCCAGCUCGACAAUGGCAAGUAUCGGGCGUAUGUGAAGGGGGCAUCCGAAAUUCUCUUGGAGAAAUGUACGAAAAUUGUUGAGGAUCCAACCAUGGGAUUGAUCGCUGCGCCAAUGACCGAAGACACCGUCCAAUUUCUGGGCCAAAUCAUUGCCAGCUAUGCAUCCCAGUCAUUGCGGACGAUAAGCCUUGUGUAUCGGGACCUUGACAAUUGGCCACCAGUUGGAACCAAGGGUAGUGGAGAUGAUGUUACCUUUGAAGAUAUCCUCCAGGAUCUUGUCUUUUUAGGGGUUAUGGGCAUCAAAGACCCUCUCCGUGACGGUUCCCGAGAUGCGGUGCAGGCUUGUCAAAGGGCUGGCGUAGUCGUUCGCAUGGUCACUGGGGACAACAUUCUUACAGCCAAAGCCAUUGCAGAGGAGUGUGGGAUUAUAUCUAGCCCGGAUGAUGUUGUAUUGGAAGGCCGUGAGUUCAGGCAGCUCAGUGAGUCUCAGCGGGACGAGAUUACACCGCGUCUCAAGGUUAUUGCAAGGUCCAGCCCGGACGAUAAGAGGGAAUUGGUGGUGCGGCUAAAAGAGAUGGGAGAAACUGUCGCUGUCACUGGUGAUGGAACAAAUGAUGCACUCGCGCUGGGUGCUGCUGACGUUAGCUUUUCUAUGGGUAUUUCCGGGACGGAGGUCGCCCGAGAGGCGUCAUCCAUUAUCUUGAUGGACGAUAAUUUUACCUCCAUAGUCAAGGCAAUAAUGUGGGGAAGGGCAGUUAAUGAUGCUGUCAAGAAAUUUCUGCAGUUUCAAAUCACCAUUACUGUCACCUCCGUCGCGCUUGCCUUUGUCUCUGCAGUCGCAAAUCCAUCAGAGCAGCCCGUCCUGACUGCAGUCCAGCUGAUGUGGGUUAAUCUCUUCCAAGACACGUUGGCCGCGCUGGCGCUGGCCACCGAUCCUCCUCCGCAGCGGAUCCUAGACCGAAAGCCCGAACCCAAAUCCACGCCUCUCAUCACGGUGUCAAUGUGGAAGAUGAUCAUCGGACAGUCAGUCUACCAGCUGGCCGUCACGCUGGUGCUGUACUUUGGCGGCGCGGCGAUCUUUUCAUACGACAGCGCCUACGAGCGGAAACAGCUCGAGACAGCCGUCUUCAACACGUACGUGUGGAUGCAGAUCUUCAACAUGUACAACAACCGCCAGCUAGAGAAGAGCUUCAACGUCUUCGAGGGCAUCACGCGCAACUGGCUGUUCGUCGCCGUCAGCCUGGUCAUGAUCGGCGGGCAGGUCCUGAUCAUCUUUGUCGGCGGAGAGGCUUUCUCCGUCGUGCCGCUCACGGGCGCCCAGUGGGGGUACUGUCUGAUCCUAGGCGCGCUGUCUAUCGUCGUCGGCUGCGUCAUCCGCCUGAUACCGGAUGGGCCGGUGGAGAGGGUAUUCGAGUCGCUGGUCGGAGGGGGGAAGCGAUUAGUUGACGUUUUUAAUGUUCGCAGAAGAGAGGGAAGUGAAUAA